CAUGCUUUUACCGUACUUCAAAUCCAUGUGACACAGACACCUGGAGAUAUUUUGGUUUUCCUCACUGGUCAAGAAGAAAUUGAUACAGCAGAAGAAAUUUUGAAACAUAGGGUAAGAGUUUGGGCCAAUCUUCCUACUGAGCUUCAAGCCAAAAUAUUUGAACCACACACCAUCGGUGCGCGUAAGGUAGUCUUUGCAACAAAUAUUGCAGAAACAUCAUUAACCAUUGAUGGCAUUAAGUAUGUCAUUGAUCCAGGUUUUUGCAAGAUGAAAUCUUAUAAUCCGAGGACUGGGAUGGAGACUUUGCUAAUAACUCCUAUUUCUAAAGCCUCAUCUAAUCAACGUGCUGGUCGGUCUGGGCAAACAGGUCCAGGAAAGUGCUUUCGAUUGUACACUGCAUACAAUUAUUAUACUGAGUUGGAUGACAAUACUGCACCAGAGAUACAACGGACCAACUUAGCUAGUGUUGUUCUUUCUUUGAAGAGUCUUGGAAUUCAUGAUUUGCUAAACUUCGAUUUUAUGGAUCAACCGCCAGCUGAGGCUCUACUGAAUGCGUUGGAACUUUUGUUUGCAUUGAGCGCAUUAAAUAAACUUGGAGAGUUGACUAAAACUGGAAGGCGAAUGGCAGAGUUCCCUCUUGAUCCAAUGCUAUCCAAAACAAUAGUUGCUUCCGACAAGUACAAGUGUUCAGAUGAGAUUAUUUCCAUUGCCGCUAUGCUUUCUGUGGGGAAUUCCAUCUUUUACCGUCCAAAGGACAAACAAGUUCAUGCUGAUAAUGCAAGGAUGAAUUUUCAUACUGGCAAUGUGGGUGGCCAUAUUGCUUUAAUGAAGGUUUACAAUUCUUGGAGAGAAACAAAUUACUCAACACAGUGGUGUUAUGAAAAUUAUAUUCAGGUCAGGAGCAUGAAGCGUGCGAGAGACAUUAGGGAUCAAUUAGAGGGUCUCCUGGAGAGAGUUGAAACUGAACUAACAUCCAGUCCUAAUGAUUUAGAGGCUAUAAAGAAGGCCAUUACAUCUGGAUAUUUCCCUCGUUCGGCUAGGUUGCAGAAAAAUGGUUCUUACCGGACUGUGAAGCAUCCACAGACUGUCUAUAUACAUCCAAGCUCAGGCUUGGCACAGGCGCUCCCGAGAUGGGUGGUAUACCAUGAACUGGUUCUUACCUCCAAGGAAUACAUGAGAAAUGUAACUGAGCUGAAACCAGAUUGGUUGGUCGAAAUAGAUCCGCAUUACUACCAGAUGAAGGAUGUCGAAGAUGUUGGAUCAAAGAAAACGCCGAAAGGACAGGGACGAGCGGCAGAAGAACCCUUGCUUCUGUUCAUGUUUAGACGGUUAUGAUCUGUAUCACCAAGGAAAGAGACCUAACCAAGUGUGCACGGAGGUGCUUGUUUCGGGACACGAAUUCUUCUGCAACCACUGUAAAUACAAUUAGCACGUAUUAAUUAGUAGCUAUACGGCGCAUACUCGAAUGAAUGUGUCGGAUAAUUAGUUUUCCCAAGUUUUUUUUCCCCAUGUAUUUUGAAGACCUUGUGAGAUUAUAUUCACAUGCCCAUACGUGAAAACGAGUACUAGAUGUGGAUACUUCAAGUUUUGGGACAACAGAGGCCGGUAGAGUGCUAGACUUUUAG